AUGUAUUGCAGCAUUCCUUUGAAGAAAUCACAGGCGAAAUCAAUUAAAAAACCAAUUUACAAUUAUUUGUGUAAAAGAAAAGGAAAUACAUAUCUGUCUGAACUACAAAAUGAACUAGCAAGGAUUGAUGAAAUUCGAAAGUCAGUUUGCUCCAUAGAGAGUUAUCGCACAGAUCAAGAUAUUUUGACACUUGAGGAAUACCAGUCUAUUUUGGAUAACAUAUCAAACUCAUGUGCACUGUACGAAAGAGAUUGCCUUGAUAUUUCAGUGCGUUGGAGUUCAAUAGAUAACCAGAAACAAUUCCAGGAGUAUAAUUUUAGUUAUGAACGGUCGUUAGUUAUAUUUAACUUAGCCUGCCUCUACUCUCAGCGGGCAUGUAAACAAUAUAACAGUAAUGAUCUCAACGGUGCGAGCUACAAUUUCCUCAAAGCCAGCCAAACAUUUGAAUACAUUUAUUAUGUACUCUCUUUUUCAUUCAGCAACAUCAGCUUACACAACCUUUUGUACGCGUUUUACUGGUCCAUAGAAUAUGAAAAACUAUACAAAACCAGUAAUUCUAAAUGUUCCCAACUAGCUGCUUUGGCUGCCGAGUCCUACUCCUUAUUUGACUCUGCAAGCAAUCUUUUCAAUAAUGCUCGUGCCUCACAGUCCUGGAUUGACAUCUGCGAGAACGCCAAACAGCUUUGUGAGCUUCGCAGAUUAGCAGAUUACUCUCGAAUGUUCAUGAAAGAAAACAAGCGGUUUUCGAAUCCUUAUGGAAAGGGUCUCUGCCUAGCCGAAUAUGUUUUGAAAAAGAUCGAUAGUCUUCCUCGCUAUCUACAAAAGCAGAUGGCUUCAUAUCUUAAUACAAUCCAGGAGAAAAUGAAUAGAGUCAAAGAGAUUAUUAGGUACAAUCAGCUGGAGGCGUAUCUGGUCUCUAUCGGGGAGAUCAUUCUAAUCGACGAGCCCGUCGAAGAACCCCGCGAAUUCUAUGAGCCUGAAGUAACCAGGUCUCAGCUGUUCUACGCUUUUGUUCCUCACAGCGUCACAGACAACAUGUUGAGGUAUGCCGAAACGCUUGCGGUCGAGAUGAAAAACGAGUUGAAUCUUUGGAGUUUGGAGGAGAAGUUGCAGGACGCGGUUCGGCACAGCAACUUUAAUAUAAACUUGUACGCGUUGUCAGAGCAGGAUCUUCAGAACGAAGUCCAUGAGGUUCUCAGCUCGUUCAACGAAGGCAUGUUUAAUACAACCAGUGAAAAGAUCCGGAAUGCCAGAUCGCAGGUUUCAAUCCUGAUGAGUCGUGUAAACGGUUGCCAAAACCAGAUUUGGAGUGAGAAGGAAUGGGAGAGAGAGAAUCGGAAUUUCAUCAUUGAGAACGGAUUGGAUGUGCUUCCAGACCGGUUCUUUUAUGGCAAGCUAAAUGGAUGUGAAACUCAGGUUAGGGAGUUAAACGCGGCCUUACAGGAUGCAGAAAAGAGUUUCAAUUGUCUGGUCGAUGCUUAUGAAUAUGUAAAGAACGGACCAGUAAUUCCGCCUCUCGCGACGACCCUCUACAACCAAUCGAUUCUUGAGUUGAAUGCGAUGUACCAAACGAUUCGGAAAUCGCUCUUAAGUUUGUAUAAACGAUUGGAGCUGUUUGAGAAGGCUGUUCGGAACGAUUAUCAUGCUCACGCGAUGCUUCUGCAGGACCAAGGCAUGGGAUUGGAUUAUGUUAUUCGCCUGGGACGCAGUAGAAUUAGCGAGCUGCGAAAUCGCUAUAAGAUCGAGUACAAUGGAAUCGAACAACAAAUUCGAGAUUUCAAUUGUCGUGCCAUCAAACUGGACAACCAAAUUGAUCCGAGUACGAAUCCUCGAAAAGCAACUAUCAAGAGAAUACUGAGUUUAAAGACCUUGCAUAAUGCGAUUGACAAAAAGAGUGAAGACAUAAGCUCAAUCUAUGAAUCGAUUACGAUGGAACUUGAUCAAAUCUCACAUUCGCUUUCUAGAAGCAUAUCCUCUUUGCAUUCAAGUCUUAAUCAGGCAAGAGCGCAGAUUCGAGUCAAUCCGAAUGAUAGAUAUUGCGAAUGCGGACAGUCGAAAUGCUUCCCUGUUUGUUGUACAAAAGCAAUAAUAAUAGACCUUGUUCAGAAAACCAACUCUGAAACCCCAGUUUCCCCGUUUCCUUCUUCCCAGUAA